AGGGGAGUGAAAAAAUCGAAGCUUUUGUUCUUACGGCUUUACACGUUAUAACUUUCUUUUUUAUUUUCUUGUUCCCCAGUUCCAUAUUAAAGAACACGAGCAAUUCGUGGAGAAUUUCUCGAGUAAACCAGAGAAAAAAACAUUUUUUUUGGGAUUUUUAAUCUUAUGGAAAUCAAGGAAACUUCUGUUUCUUUCCCGAGAAAGGAACUGAAAUUGGGAAAAAGAAACAAACACUUAGGACACAACCCCUAACUCGAACUGCUCCAUAGAUUGUUCCAUGAUUUUAGCAACAGGAAGAGUUUGCUCCUUUCCUUCCUUCUUCCCCUUGUAUGUGUAUGCUUGAUUGAACAGCUAGUUGCUUGCAGAUCACUACACUUCAAUGGUUUCUCUCGCUCGCAUCUGGGAAGAUACAUUUGAAGGAAUCACCGGCACUGUCAAAUUGAAGGGCAAAUCACCGGAAAUGAAGAAGAGGAGUAUGAUUUGUGGUGAUGGCGAAGAAGACGAGGCCUUUCUCGAGAAGAACGAGGAGACAAAGCUGGAAUGCCCGAUCUGCUUUGAGCCGUUUGAUAUGUCGGAAAAUGCCCCUCUGGUUCUAUGGUGCGGCCACACUCUCUGCAAGAGCUGUGUCCUGAGACUGCAACGAGCUGUCCUGAGAUUGCAGAGACUGCUAUGCCCUAUCGUUCUUCCCUUCUUCGUGUCUUGCCCUUGGUGCAGCUCUCUCUCCCUCAAGCUAUCCUUCAAGGGGCAUCUCAAAUUCCCCAAGAAGAACUACUAUGUGAUGUGGAUGAUCGGUAGCUCGCAGAGGGUUUCUUGCGCUGAAAGCAACAAUCUUUCUUGCGUAGGGAGCAACGCCCAGAGCAGAUCCGAUGUGAUCUUGGGUUCAAACCAGGAAGAACUGUUGCCGGACUGGACACUUGUUGGAACCUGGAUCUUCCUCGGCUCCAUCUGGAAGUCUCUUUUCGGGUAUUCGGCCAUGGAACAGUUGUUUCGGCUAACGUUUCUGGUUAUCUUUGCUGCUUUAUAUGCAGCUCGAGUCGGCACACUCCUCUUAUCUCUCUACGCCCUCACUGCCCUCUUUGGAUCUGCCUUUUUGCUCCUUCCCAAACUCAGUUUACCAGUGCAGGAAUCGAACCGGAGAAAUCACUGGUGUUUGGUACCCGGAUUUGUCUCCUUUGUAAAUUUUCCGGUAUGGUAGCUGAACUGGAGGAAAUCACGGUACAGUGGGAUAAUUUGGAUUCCGGUUUCGUGUAUGUACGGUAUAGAUAAAAUACUAAAAUGCUUGUAUAGCUGCCAUGGGCGGAACUAUGUUAUAAGCUAUGGGGACAUAUACUCCCACUUAUUUUAUUUAAAAAACUUAAUUUCA